CAGACGUCCGCCUCCGUCCUCCUCGACACUCCUCCUGCACGCCUAUUAAAUCCCCUCCGCCACCUCUUUCCUCUCAGCCUCUUCACGUUAAUGGCGCCAAGAAACCCCAUCUUCGAAGAAGAGGCGGAGGAGGAGGCGGCGGAAUCCUUCCUCCCGCUCCGAUCGCAGCCCUCGGGCGGCGGCGCCGACGGCAAAGCAAGGCGCACCCUCGCCGCCUAUGAAGACGGGUCGGAGGACGAGACCACCGAGCGCGCGUUCGAGUCCGGAGAGAAGGUCGUCGUCGCUUGGGUCUCCGACGAGGACUGCGGCGACGACGGCCCCCCGCCGCCUUUCUCCUGGAGGAAGCUGUGGCUCUUUACUGGGCCAGGAUUCCUGAUGAGCAUUGCGUUCUUGGAUCCCGGGAACCUAGAGGGGGAUCUCCAGGCCGGGGCGAUCGCUGGGUACUCGCUGCUCUGGCUGCUUCUCUGGGCGACGGCGAUGGGGCUCCUGAUCCAGAUGCUCUCUGCGCGGCUCGGUGUGGCCACGGGACAUCACCUCGCGGAGCUGUGCCACGAGGAGUACCCCCGGUGGGCGAUGCUGGUGCUGUGGUUCAUGGCGGAGGUGGCGCUGAUCGGCGCGGAUAUACAGGAAGUGAUUGGGAGUGCCAUCGCGAUUAAGAUCCUCAGCCGAGGAAUGAUUCCGCUCUGGGUUGGGGUCGUCAUCACUGCUUUGGAUUGCUUCAUCUUUCUGUUCCUUGAGAACUACGGAGUGAGGAAAUUGGAAGCAUUUUUCGCUUUUCUUAUUGCAACAAUGGCUUUUUCAUUUACGUGGAUGUUUGGUGAAGCCAAGCCCAGUGGGAAGGAGCUUCUGAUUGGUACCUUGGUUCCAACACUUGGCUCAAAAACAAUAAAGCAGGCUGUUGGUAUUGUUGGUUGUGUGAUAAUGCCACACAAUGUCUUCUUGCAUUCUGCUCUUGUACAAUCAAGAAAGAUUGACCCUAACAAGAAAAGCCAUGUUCAAGAAGCACUAAGAUAUUAUACUAUAGAGUCAACGAUUGCGCUAAUCAUUUCCUUUAUGAUAAAUCUCUUCGUUACAGCAGUUUUUGCAAAGGGAUUUUAUGGUACUAAAGUAGCAGAUACCAUUGGCCUUGAGAAUGCUGGGAAAUACCUACAAGAGAAGUACGGGGGAGGGCUAUUUCCUAUUCUAUAUAUUUGGGGAAUUGGGUUAUUAGCAGCUGGACAAAGUAGCACGAUUACUGGAACUUAUGCUGGACAGUUUAUAAUGGGUGGAUUUCUCAAUCUCCGUUUGAAGAAAUGGAGCAGAUCAUUGAUCACUAGAAGCUUCGCAAUUGUCCCAACUAUAGUUGUUUCUCUAUUCUUUGACACUUAUGAUUCUGCAUUGGAUACCCUUAACCAGUGGUUAAAUGUCCUCCAAUCAGUUCAGAUCCCAUUUGUCCUCAUUCCGCUUCUCACCUUGGUGUCGAAGGAGCAAGUUAUGGGGGUUUUUAAGAUUGGACCUACCAUUCAAGCAGUAACUUGGAUUGUUGCUGCACUUCUUCUCAUAAUCAACGGUUAUCUUCUGCUGGAAUUUUUCUCUUCCGAAAUACAUGGGCCGCUCUUUGGCUUGGUCGUCUGUGUCAUCGUAGUUAUAUAUAUGGCAUUCAUUGCUUACCUCAUUUUGCGUGGUAGGGACUUAUUCAUUCGUCUCACUUCAUAUUUCACAAGAUAUUCUCUUGUGCAGUUGGUUGUGACCAGAUGUCUUUGUUCUCGUUCUUCUGUGUGAUUGUUUGGAUUUGAUACCGGAUAACUCCUUUCCCCCACCAUGUUUGAGGCAUCUUCAUGUCAAGGUACGCGAGAUCAAGAGCUCAAACUAUAUAUAUUUUUCUCAGCUGGCUACUGUGAGCCAAAUUGCAGGACCAAAACGAUAUAUAGCUUCGAUCACAUUGAUCUUAUUAUUAUGUGACUGCAUGCCAGAAUAAGCCGACCAUCAUAUCCAAGUUGAUAGAGACGGUAUUCUCACAACAUACGGAACUGGGUUCCCGUUCACUCGACAAGACAGGCUAUCUUUUGGAAUUCUACCCCGGAGACAAGUGGGCACUAACAGUAGUUACCAAUCAGAAUACUUUUUUGUGUUAUUAGGAGAAUGUACUGAACAAGAAUGUCAACAGGUGUACAAUUAUUUUGACCAUGCAUUUUUCUGUAAUUGAGCCAUGGUUUCAUCCAAGCUCUAUCCAGUCAAGACUGAUGAAUCCACUGUAUUUAUCUGUUCUCUAAUGCUCUUCUUGUUGCUUUCCUGCGGUUA